CAAAAUUGAUAACAUUUUGUUAUUCUGAAUUUUCGCUUCAAACUGACUAAAUUAACAGUUAACACGUAAGUUUAAUUUUCGACAAUAAAUUUCAUUUACCUAUUCUUCAAAAUUUAGCGAUUCUCGUGCUUGUCGAAUGAUCCAACUUCAUGAUUGAGAUAAAAAGAAUAUCAUGAUAACGAAAAAUUUCAUCUGACGAUGAGUACACCAGACCAUGAUUCUAAGAAAACAAACUCAUUAUCCAAGGUGUUACCCUCGGUGGGAAAUUUCUCGUUUUUGGGCAUGUCUACAAAAAUGGCAGAAAGAUCGAAUUCUUUAGCAGGAACUACAGAGAAACCACAUUCAAUUUUCGUCCAAGAAUACAGUCUCAUUUCCGAAUUUAACCUCUUGAAACACCAUCCUGAACCAGGAGUUUAUGUGAUUCCAGCUGCGAAAACCCCCUACAUUUGGUUCGGUGUGAUUUUUAUUCGAAGCGGAGUUUACGAAGGAGGAAUAUUCCGAUUUCGUAUUACCAUACCACAAUCCUUUCCUUUUUGUACCAUCUGUCCUAAGGUAGUAUUCGAAACACCAGUCUUUCACACACUUGUUGAUCCGACGACUGGAGAGCUUAAUCUCAAGAACAUGUUCUUCGAGUGGAAAAGAGACGUAAACCAUAUUUGGCAAAUCAUCAGUUAUAUUAGAAGCAUAUUUCACGAUGUUCAGUUCGUUAACGUUGUCGAUAAACGAGCGGAAAGUUUAUGUGAAACCAAUCGAGAGGAAUUUCUUAAAUUAGUGAAAAAUUGCGUCGAUAAUAGCAAAGUACGUAUUUACGAAAAACCGCUCGAAGAAGAUCCCCAUUACUUCGUUUUUGACGAAUUUAAUGAAGAAGUUCAUCAACCUUUCAAGGAUAAUAUUUUGAAAGAUAGUGCCAAUUCGCACGACUCUAAUGAACCGAGAUCUAUAAGUUGGGUGCAACCAGGAUCGUUAGAACCGUUAUCUAAACCAAAUUCCAACUAAACUAUUAUAAUUAUUUUUAAGUCGUUAUUUUAUUGUAAAAAUGUAGGUGAUAUUUUUCAAUCUCAUGUUUGUAACUGUGCCGAGCAGUAUUAAAAAUGUUCAAAUUUUGUAUUUUAUUUAUCUGGUAUUAAUUAUUUUGUACUAAAAACUCGAACGAAAAAUUUCCCAACUUAUUUCAUGGUUUCAAUUUUAUUAACGAAUAAAAUAAGCAGCCACGUUACGACGUCAGUGUACUUUGGCCUUAAGUUUAUUUUCCCAUUGCGUCAUCGAUGUUUGAAUUUUUUCAAAAUUGCAUUACCUAAUAUGUAACAUAUGAACCGUUAAAAUAGGUACAAAGUGAUGAAAUUUACAGUAAAUUUAUUAAGAAUUUAUGAUCAAUUAAUUUCAAAUUAAGGAUCUAGAAAUGUUCUCGAAUUUCGCAGCGAAUUAAAUAUCGUUUCAGAGUGCAGAUCGAAUCGAUUUUUUUUCAUAUUCGAAUCUACUGUUGUGAAUUUAUAAUUAAAACGGCGUCAUCUUAGGUUGAUUCUUAGUUGAAUUUUUCUGGUUUUCUAUUGUAGAAAAUAUGAAAGCUGGUUUAAUAAUUGCAUUGUUGAUUCCUUUUUUCAUUAUUUCGAGCGAUUCCCAAAAUGAUGGAUGGCCUCAAACGGGUGAUCUUGUAAUUCGAAGUGAUUUGUUCACUCACCAGUGCAGAUGUGAAAACUUUUGCGACAGACACGAAGCUGCUGUCCUUCUUUCUGGUGUCAAGGUUUACAAUAUACCCACAGUAAUGACAUUUAAUUGCUCAGGUGGCGGUUAUUGCGGAUGUUAUUUAGUCAGACUAAGUCGUAACGAUCCAAAAUCCGGUUGCAAUUGUUCAACGCAUAAAAACAUUAUAGAUCUUUAAAAACAAUCUAACUAUUGGUAACUGUGAAAUAAGUAAUUACAGGUUAUUUUUAUUCCACGUAGCUUACGGAUCUAAAAUACAUAAAAUAAAUGAUAACCAAGCACCUCUUUACCGAUGCCUGAUGAGCAAUCAAAUAAGAAAAUAAAUAAAUAUUGAGUA